AUGUACUCGUUGGUGGAUCUCAACGAAAAGGAUCAAGUUUUGAGUCUGUCUGGAAUGUUUGGUCUGACGUGGAAGGAGCCUCUUCUAGAAUGGGAUGCAAGGGAAUACAACACAGAGGUCAUCUAUGUUCCUACAGAGAUGCUUUGGCUCCCCGACGUCAUCCUGCAGAACGCCGUGGCGAACUAUGGCCAAAUUGGUAACAGGAACUUGAAGGUGUAUCUGGAGUCAAGUGGUACCAUAGUGUGGUUUCCUGGCGACUUUUACAAGACCUACUGCAAGAUAGAUGUCCGCCAUUACCCUUUCGACACUCAGGCCUGCAAGAUGAUCCUGCAGCCGUUGAGCUGUGAAAAGAAGAUUGUAAACCUUGAUCUGGCUCCAGUGCCUGUUUCUCUGAGGAAAUACGAUGAAAAUGGAGAAUGGGAGCUGUCUGACAUAGUUCCACAAAAGGUAUGGGUAGACAAAGCCCGACAUUUCCGGGUUGACUACACCUUAAACAUGAAACGUAAAACCCUGUUCUACGCGGUCAAUAUGAUCCUGCCUAUAGUGUUUCUGUCUCUCCUGAACUCCCUCGUCUUUGCUGUGCCUGCCAACUCGGGGGAGAAAAUCACUCUCUGCAUCUCUGUGAUGCUGUCCUAUGCUGUGUUCCUCACUCUCGUCAACGACGCUCUUCCCGAGAACUCAGAUGGCGUUUGUUACUUCAGUGCCUAUCUAGCUACCGAAAUCUUUCUCAGCGUGGCCGCCACCAUCAUCACUGUUGUAAACCUCGCCUUCCACCACCACAACCCCAGCUACAUCAGGACAACCCGCUUGCUGACCUUCCUCGUGUCAGAAAAGAAGAUCCAGACACUUGCAGGUGAGAUGGUCAAAGUCAAAUCUCCUGAUCAGGUUCCUGAAAAACAUGGGGAAGCCACGGAGGUUAAGGUGGUUCUCGGGUCGGAUGUUGCUACUGCUCUGGACAUACUUGGCUUCAAGGUGUUCACCCUUAUCAAUAUCGUUGCCACCCUGGUCUUCUUCUGUGCAAUGAGUGGAGUGUAUUAA